GAAUUAUUCUACUGUAUUCAAACCUUGAACUUCAAGCGACGAAGUCGCGUUGUCUCUAUCUCGCACACUAUGAGUUACGACAGGCCGAAUCGUGGAGGAUACCGACGAAGAUAUAGAGAUGACUAUGACGACCAACGGCGAGAACCUAUUGAAACGCCUCAAGACAAACUAAAAAGUGCAAUCAUCAAGCUUGGAGAAGUAGACCCAAUACAAGAAAUCUCGCGUGUCCAAGCCCACAUUCGCACAUUACCACCGGUCAUCUCGAACCUGUCCGAAGCCUUUCAUUUGAGUGUGACAGAACAGCCGUUCAAAAUACCGUAUUAUGCUGCUUUGUUACGUCUUCUGCACGACAACCCGGCGGAUGAGGGAAUGGAAGACGGUGUUUCUCUGGGGAAGCAGAUAUUAGAUGAGUUUUGGAAGGGAUUCCAGGCGUAUGUGGAUAAGCUGGCUUGGAGAGAGACCCGGUUCUGCGUUCAUUUCUUUGCCCACCUUACGUCUGCAGGCCUCAUAUCGGCAGAAUCAUUUGCUGCUUUGCUACAAUCUUUUACGGCAGUCCUGGAUGAAUUCGGUGUCUCCCAUGGUCGUGCCAAGCGCGCUGCUCUUUGCGCUGCUGAGGGACUCAUGAUCGCUGGAGCAAUAAUAAGUGCACAGAGCCCGACCAGCAUUUCUGACAUAAUAUCAGCUAUCCAGACUUACAUUGACACAACUUCCAACGCAAAAUGGUUAGUUCAGCCAACAUUGAAACUGCACACUACCACUAUUGAUGCAGAUUCAGCAGACGAAGUACUCGAUUCUGCUCUGGCAGCUCUCAAGGCUCUGGAAGCCAUUGAAUUCGAUGGUCCAUACCCACGACCUUAUGCUGACUAUCCUGAACUCGACCCCUCAACCUUCACACCGUUCGACCUUCCAUCAGUAUUAGUGACACCGGAGGUUAUUGAACUUGACGGAGCGACUGAAACGGAGGAAUCUACAGUUCAAGUAAGAAAAGAGGAGUGGCCGGAGUACUACAUACGACUUUUCCCCGAUGACGUCACUCCAGAUCCCAAUACCCCAGCCGGAUAUGCAGUGCGGACCGAUUUGUGCGCUAUUGUCGAUAUAUUUGAGGUGAACCGUAAAGAAUGUGCACGGCUCCUCCUCGAAUAUCCCAAGUGGACCCUACCGGGCACUUUCAAGCCACGCCCAGGCGCACCACUUCCGGAAAGCGAACCAGUCGUUACGAACGAAUGGCAGCUCGAAAGCACGGUUCUAGAGAUCAUUCUUGGGUCAUCUUUCAUCUUGCCAGAUUCGACUCACAAACACGUCUACUACAUCGGUCUGAUCACGGAGGUGUGUAAGCUCGCUCCUACCACAGGUGGACCUGCCGUUGGAAAGUCGAUAAGGCGAUUGUUCAAUACUCUCGCCGACGGCUUGGAUGUCGAAAUUGCUAGACGGUUCUCCGAAUGGUUUGCAACCCAUAUGAGUAACUUUAAUUUUAUCUGGGUGUGGAGAGAAUGGAUUCCGGAUCUGGAUCUAUCAAUUCAACACCCCAAACGGAACUUCAUCAGACGCGCCUUGGAACUCGAGAUUCGGUUGUCUUAUUAUGAUCGUAUAGUGAAAACCAUACCGGAGGAAAUGUGCGCUGAAAGUGCGUAUUGUCUCCCUAGUGAGGCGCCUGCCCCCAACUUUGAAUUUGAUGACCCUGCAAGUCCCCAUCAUGACGCAGCACAAUCAAUUCUCAAUCUUUUCCGAGGUAGAGCCAAGGCGGAAGAUGUUAUUGCUCAACUCGACUCCCUCAAGAAUACGUUGGAGUCUGAGAGUUCCGAAAACGGACAUGUCAUCAAUGUCGACUCCGUCAUGCGCUCCAUCGCUAUCCAAUCUCUCCUCCACGUCGGUUCUCGCUCUUUUUCGCACCUCCUGAAUGCGAUUGAACGCUACCUCUCCUUAAUCCGUUUCGUCGCCAGUGGAGGUGUAUCGCAAUCAGCCGGUAGUGGUAUCCCUGAAGCUAAGACCGACAUCCUCAACGCAAUUGCAGUCUUCUGGAAAGACAAUUCUCUAAUGGUGAAUGUUGUCUUCGACAAACUGAUGCAGUAUCAGAUUGUCGAUCCUGUGGAUGUGGUUGCGUGGGCGUUUGCGUACGCCGCAGGAUUUCAAAGCGACUUGCGGACACCAUUAACCGUGACGACAUUCGAAUGGAGCGUAAUAAAAGGUGCCAUGGAUAAAGCCAAUGGUCGAGUUAUGACUGCUAUGAGAAGAUUGGCCGCGUUGAGAAAGGAGGACGAUGAGACGAGAGCGAGGGCGAAAGCGGGAGAUAUGGAUGUUGAUGGGGAUCUGAAGCCAGAAAAUGAAACGACCACGAUUGAGAAUCCUGCGCUGGCAUCGGCGUUCAAAGCUUUUUCAAGUCUUACAAAAGAACAAAAGAGCACGUUAUCGCAGGCUUUGGAAGGUUUUGUAGCCUGUCUUGCUCCAUCACCCAGUUCCACCGUCGGUCCGGAGGCGCAGGCAGUUUUUACUGAGAAAUCAUGGCACAAUCGUACCAACUGGGGGCGUGAAGAGUGGUGUAUCUGGGAAACUUGGGGGUGGUACAGACAUUUCUGUCGAGCGUAUUCGCCAUAUCUUCGCAAUUAUUCCACAACUCUGUCAACGGUGGCGUUUGCGCGACUUGAGGGCUCUACGGACCCCGCAGCUGAACUCUUACAAAAGAUUUGGAACGUCGCCAUUGGGCAGGAGUGAUUAUCCUCAUUGACCCGCUCAUUUGCAUUUCUCCUAGAUUACUUAUCUUUGUAUUAGUCCGUCGCUUUACUCCAACUGCGGCUCGCUAGCGAUGCCUUUGUAUGAAAUUUAAAGAAAAUUGUGGGAG